AUGCGAACAUGCGUUACUCUCAACUCCCUUCCCACAAUGACUGUCCUGCAAGCCCUGAAGCGCGUCCCCUCCACUAGGCCGGAGCGCCGGGGUGGGUCGGGUCCAGAGAUCUUCACCUUCGACCCUCUCCCAGAGGCCGCGAUGGCGCCAGUCCCGCGCCCCACGCCCUUGGACACGCACCGCAAGCGAAGCCGCAGGGUCCUCUACCCUCGAACGGUCUUGCGCCACCUGCCACCCGAGGAACCAAACCCUGCCAAAAGGCUUCUCUUUUUGCUCCUCGCCGUCAUCUUCUGCCAGAUCCUGAUGUUUGAAGAAGAGAUGCCUGUCCCCCCCCUGUGUUCAGAACACGCCCCAAGUGACGCGUCGCCCUCGUCUCUCCCAGUUUCCGAGCCGCUGAAUCAGACCUCAGAGUCGUCGGAUUACUUACUGGACUACAAUGCUUUUCUCCAGCACCUUCCACCCGCCUUCUGA